CAGACGCAAUUUAAUGAAUUUUGUGAUUAUAAAUAUUGCAAAGGUACAACAAAAGCUCAUUUAAUAAAAAAUCGCGGCGUCGAGCACAACGCCGAGCGGCAAAAACCCAUCAAGAGUAAAAAUCAAAUAAAAACAAAAACAAAUCGGCGAAAGAAAAAAAAAACAAAUAAAAAUAGAAAAGGAAAAAAUCAAACGCACAAUUGCAGCAACAACAAAACGUGGCAAUAACUAAAACAGAAAGCUUUGGCAAGUUAGAAACAAAAACAAAGAACAACAACAACAAACCGAGCAAGCCCGUGAGAGAGUGCAAAGUGUUCGAACAGUGUGAGUGCGUGCGUGMGUUUAUAUUUGUGUGUGUGCAUGCGCGUAUGUGUGCGUGCCCAAGUGCUUGAGUAACAGAAAAAGCAACCACAGUGAGAGUGCGAGCGCGAGCGAGCGUAAAAGAGCGAGCUUAAGCUUAAGAGAGCGCCGAAGCAAAAGCAACAGUAAUUCAACAGCUCGUCAAGCGAAGCAGCAACCAAAGCCAAUUGCGCAUAGAACAAGCACAGAGGCACAUUUAGUAGCAGCGCAAAGCCAAUAAAAAAGCAAAAAAAAAUAUAUAAACACAAAAAUACAAGAAAAUUAAAAAAAAAAAAUUAUUAAUACAAGUGGAAAAUCAAAAUAAAAUACAAAUUCAUAAAAACGGCUGGACAAGUUUUAAGUGCAACGACAACGUUACCGUUGUGAAAAUGGUAAACAAAGCCCAAGGGAAACAGGCGAAGGCGGAAAAGGACAAACAAGCGACACAGCAACAGGAGAGGUCGCAACAGCAACAGGUGCUACAAAUUAACAAACCAAAUAACAACAACAACAACAGCAAAGACAACAACAACGAUAGCAAUGGCAAUGGCAACGGCAACGGCGGCAAUCAACUGAAAGCCAGCGAAAAGACUAAAAAUGCAAAUAACAAAUGUAACAACCAAGCAACGCGUGCCAAGGCGGGCAACAACAAAGCACAGCAGCAGCAACAACAGCACCACCAACAACAACAGCAGCAACAUCAGCAGCAGCAGCAACAACAACAGCGCAGCAGCAAAAAGUCACGUCGGCAGCGACAGCAGCUAUUCUUUCAGCCACUAUCGCGUAGUAGCGGCAGCCAGCAACAAUUGCAGCUAAACAGCAAUAGCCACAGCUACAGCAGCAGCAAUAAAUGUAGCAACACAUCAAUAACAACUGCUGCAACAGCAAAAGCGACAGCCACAGCUGCAACAACAACAGCAGCACUUGUUACCAAAGUUAGCUCCAAUGAUUUGUUAACAUCGGCCUUGACCGUGCCCUGUGCCAAAUGCUCGAAGCCAGCUAUGCUGCCUGGCCUGCUGCCCUCAUCCGCCUCCACCAGCAGCGCCAGCUCGGAGGCCAGCAGCAGCAGCAGCAGCAGCAGCAGCUACAGCAGCAUCUGCAGCGCCAGCAGCAGCAACAGCAGCAGCAGCGAGCUGCAACAGCAGCAGGAGCCACAGCAGCCACAGCCGCUGCAGUCGCUGCAGCUGGAGACGGCAAUCGUUUAUACAGGCAAACAAUAUCGUAAAUCCAAAUCAUAUAUGGGCGUCUCUCAAUAUGCAACAAAAGCAGCAGCUGGCAACAACAGCAAUAGCAACAGCAACAGCAGCAGCAGCAGCAACAAUGUGCCCUAUAGACGUUCGCAAAGCGAUCGACGUAAUUCAUUUGAUCGCACAUUUGCGGAACGUAAUCGAGAUUUUGUGCCUAUUGUCCAGCCGUUGCGUCCCGUUCUCUCCUCAUCGAACAUCGCAGGUGUUAUAGCCAGUGCCAGCAAAUUGACCAUCAUAGAACGUUUCGGCAAAGCACGCAUCGCCUAUCCCAUAAUGCAGUGCGGGACACUAGACGGAGCCGCCGAACCACUAUUUCAUCAGCAGCGCAACAACAGAAUGGACGUCUAUCAGAUCGACGAUGGUUUCCACUCGGAUGGAGGCACCGAAACGCCGCCUCCAUCGCCCAGUUCGGGCUCAUCGAUAGCCUCGACAUCGGACCACGGUUCGCUGGAGAGCGUCGAUACGGGCGGAACACAGAGGCUGGCGGUGCUAUCAUUUGAGCAGGUGCGCAAGCUGCACUCUGUCAUGGACGAGAAGGUGGCCAUACAUGGACGUGGUAAUUUUCCAACACUGGAGGUGACACUGAAGGAUCUGGUCAAUUCGGUGCGUCGCAAGUUGGAGGCGGAUGCGAAUAGCGGCGGUGCCGGUGUCCUGGUGAAGGACAUUCGCCUAAAUGGCGGCGCAGCUAGUCAUGUGCUGGCCAGCGAGGAUCAGCCAUACAAUGAUCUUGAUCUGAUCUUUGCCAUCGAGCUGAGCUCACCGCGUGUCUUCGAUCGCGUUAAGACCGCCGUGCUGAACACUCUGCUCGACCUGAUGCCCGAGGGCGUCUGCAAGCGCCGCAUCUACACAUGCAGCCUGAAGGAGGCCUACGUUGGCAAAAUGGUUAAGGUCAAUAAUAACAAUGACGGCGAUCGCUGGUCGCUCAUCUCGCUGGGCAAUUCGCCGGGUCACAAGAAUGUCGAGCUCAAAUUCGUCGACACGAUGCGUCGCCAGUUCGAGUUCUCUGUGGACUCAUUCCAAAUCGUAUUGGACUCGCUGCUGCUGUUCUACGACUGUGCCGCGUUGCCCAUCUCGGAGAACUUCUAUCCGACGGUGGUGGGCGAGUCGGUCUACGGCGAUUUCCAGGAGGCCCUAUAUCACUUGCAAAAGAAACUGAUCUCAACGCGACAGCCGGAGGAGAUACGCGGCGGUGGUCUAUUGAAAUACUGUAAUCUGUUGGUACGCAAAUACACGGCUGUUGACUCGCAGCUGAUCAAGACGCUGGAGCGGUAUAUGUGCUCGCGCUUCUUUAUCGAUUUCCCCGACAUCAAUACGCAGACAACGAAGCUGGAGGCCUAUUUGCGCAAUCAUUUCUGGGGCAUCGAGGAGGAGCCGCUCCAGUAUGAGUACCUAAUGUAUUUAUAUAAUGUUGUUGAAAUGUCCACCGUCUGCCUGAUGGGGCACGAGCGUCGUCAGACACUGUCGCUGAUCCUGUCGCUGGCCAAUCAGGUGAAGCAACAGCAGGAGCAUCAGUAUCAUCAGCAGCAGCAGCAACAGCAACAGCAGCAGCAGCAGCAGCAGCAUCAUCAUCACCAGCAACAGCAGCAGCAACAGCAGCAUCAUCACCAGCAACAGCAGCAUCAUCACCAACAUCAUCAUCAUCACCAGCAGCAGCAGCAGCAGCAGCAACAGCAUGUAGCAUACCUGCAACAGCAGCAACAGCAACAGCAGCAGCACCAGCAACAACAGUUGGAGUCGCAGCAAACGCAAGCGUCACCCGUGUUGGCGCUGGUCGCGGCAGCGCCGUCGCAGCAGGCGCCGCAAACGCCAACGAUCUAUAUGCAACAGGCAGCGCCGGCAGCAGCCGCCAUCUGCUGCAGCACCACGGCGGCGGGUGCCGCCGGUGCCCCAACAGCGACAAUUCAGAUACAGGCGGGUCCGCCGGGCUUGAUCUAUGCCAAUGGCGUUUACUAUGCACCUGUGAUACCCAGCACCAUUUGCACAUGCAAUUCGACCUGGUUGAGCACGUGAUUGGAAGAGCAGCAGCAGCAGCAACUCGAACCACAACAGCAGCAGCAACAACAACAACAGCAACAC